AGAGCUGGACCAGUGUGACAACAAGCUGAGGCCAUUGACAACACAACAGCCUUUUGCCCGAGCAGGCACUUGAACCCUCAAUUAAUUAUCCUCACUUCAUUGAUAAUUUUGCAUGCAUUUAGAGCUGCGCUUCACCCUCCGCUCCGGCGCGCGGCGGAAAUGCGUCACAAAACCCCAGCCAGCGCGAUUCGAAGCAGCAGCAGCAGCAUGGCGACCUCCGCUGAGUGUGUGGAGGAGCUCAUACGACCUUUCCGUCGGCUGGUACAAUGCAGUGGUGUCUCGUGCUCAUCACCUGUCACCCCCAGCAGACACGCUGGCUCUGGUGCUCGUGAGCACACCGUCUAUGUUUGAGCGCUGCUUCCUCCCCUUCUUACAGAGCCAGCGCUGCGCGGCUGUCAGAGACCCCAUCGAUCAGUGCACCGCUCACACCGUCUCUUCUUCUGUCUCUCUGUGUUUUCCUAAUCAGUCUGUGGAUGUCAGUUAUGAUUAUGAGAUGCUGCCCAGCAGGAGACCCAAGUUUCUGGCCCAGACGGCGGCCCACGUAUCAGGAGCAGCAUAUUACUACCAGAAAUCAGACAUCCUCAGUCCUCCGUGGGGUGAUAAGAAGAUGUUUGGAGUUUGCAUACACCCCAGGCUGGGUGGCUGGUUUGCUAUACGAGCCCUGCUGCUCUUUAAGGAUGUGCAAGUGGGAGACGAGCUUCAGCAGAAAGAUCCUCCAGACUGUGUGUGUUCACAGGAGGACAGGAUCGAACUGCUGGAGCGCUUUAACUUCCGCUGGCAAGACUGGAGCUACCGAGACAUCGUUCCCACAGAGGAGAGCUACUCUCCUCAACAGAGGGAGUAUUUCCUGACUGCUCCAGGACAGCGGGGGGCGCUGCUCAGACAGUGGGGAUAUCUCGCUGACGCUGACACUGAGAAGCAGAGCUCCACAAACAAACGUUUUACCAAAGAUGUGCCCUGUUGACUCAUUCUGACUGACAUAAACUGUGAACAUCUUUCACAUUCUGCUCAGGUCUCGCUGUAACUGAUGUGUCACUACUGUAUAUACAUAAUUCAUUUUAAUUUAAUAAAAGAAAGGUAAUGAGGGGCACGUACUCUAUCAUGGAAAAGUACACCCUGCAGCUUUCAAGGGCCCUUGACAUCCCUCUUUUCAUUAUUUUAAUUAUUUUAUUAAUUUAUUGUCUGAUUUUCAGAUUUUUGAACAAAAACACUCAUACAUUUACAACAUACGUCAAAAUAGUUCAUAAUAGAGUUCCUUGAUCAGAAACACUUGGUUUUGAUGCUAAUCCUCAGUAAACGCUCAACAUAUUUCUUU